AUGGAAGAAGAGAAAAGGCAGGAGUAUUCAGUGUGGGCAUUACCAGAUGAAGAAACAAAGCCAAGAUUCAGAGAGCUAAUGGAAGCUUUAAGAUCUGAAUUCUCUGGUCCAAGAUUUGAUCCUCACGUUACUGUUGCCGUAGCAUCAAAUCUGACGGGGGAAGAAGCUAAGAAGAUGUUCGAAGAAGCUUGCGACAGUUUCAAGGCUUAUACCGCUACUGUAGACCGUGUUUCCACCGGAACUUUCUUCUUUCAAUGCGUUUUCUUGCUUCUCCAAACGACCCCUGAGGUAAUGAAAGCUGGUGAACAUUUUAAGAAACAUUUCAAUUGCUCCACUACCACAUCUUACAUGCCGCAUUCGAGCCUGAUUUACGCCGAAUUAACAGAAGAAGAGAAGAAGCAAGCUCUGGAGAAAGCUUACGCACUCGAUAACAGCCUCGAUGGCCUAAGUUUCCGGUUGACCCAACUCGUCCUCUACAAAACUGAUACGGAAGACAAGACGCUAGAGUCCUGGGAGAAAGUAGCCGAGUGCAAUCUCAGUCCUUAA